CGAAGGAACCCGAAGGAACCGAUGGCGAUCCUGUGGGCGGAGUCUACCCGAAGGGCUUGAGAGCGGCCUCCUUCGCCCUCGUCCUUGGGAGAUCCUGAGAGGUCCUUCCACAGACUCUUCGUCCCUCAGAAGCCUCGUUCUGGGCCGACGCUCCGGUAGGAUGGUGGUGGAGAGGUCCUGCAGCAAUGUGGAGGGGAACACGUACUUCUUCCUGCAGGAGAGGAGGAUCGUCAGGAAGAAGAAGAGGCAGUGCGUAGGAGGUGAGGCUUCGGAAGGCGCGGGGCUGGAGAGGAGGCUUCCGAUGGCGGGUUGAGGGCCUUGCGGACACGAGUUAGGAUGUUG